ACUUCUGAAGAAAUGGAGGACGACGCUUCCUCAAGUCGACCACAGCUGGGUGUCGAGUGCUCUCUUUGUCCGGGAUUCUCAAGGUGAUGCAAGAAUGGACCUAUCCAGGAUCAGUGGAUUGUGGUUGUAUCCCCCACAAGCUCCACUCAUACCUCAGUCAGUCCCGAAGCUGCACGACUUUUUUGGUCACCGGGUUUUCAUAUGGAUGCCAAUUAAGCUAUGGUCAUUGAGAGUAGCCUGUCCCCAUCAAGAUUGCCGCCAUCCUGAGCUGUCACAUGCUGGUGUUUACCAAGUUGUUAGACAAGUGCUAGAUGUCUCCAACUUUUACAAUCUUGUAUCCGAGACCCUCUGGUGCAAGAAGUGCAAGAGGAAGAUGGUCUCUUGGAGCCACAGUAUCCUGUCUCAGUUAGACAUAGGCCACCGAAGCCACUUUCCAUGUCUUCUGACAACCAUGAAGGCCUGUGACACUAAGGUUGCUAUACUAAUGCGACAGCGUGGCUUGGGAAAUAGUGCCUCCCAGAUACAAAAGAAAGUGAAAGAACAACACAGCACAGAAUGGUAUCAAAAGACCAUACAGUACUUGUCAGCCUGCAAGAGUGUCGCCUCAGCUGCAUCUUCAGGACUCAUUGUACCACAGAGGUUUCAAGAACCACCACCCAUGGCACCUAUUCCACAAUACCGCUGGCUUAUGCAGGUAUAUGUGCAGGAUGUCCUGCAGAGGCUCAGUGAGGUGAAGGCCAACAUCACUUCUGUGUUUGGUCGCAUUCUUAAAGUGGACUCUACCAAAAAAGUCACGAAGAAAUUGGCGGGACCGUCGGCUGGGACAGCAGAGUGGGCGACCAAUGUAGGCAAUGAGUACGGACAAGUACUGAUUUCUGUACUUACAGCCGGAGAAGGUCGCUUCGGGUUACACAGGAUGGCAAAGGGUCUGAUGAAGCGGUUUGCAGAUGCCGGACAGCCAUCUCCAGAAGUGCUGUAUGUGGACCGUGACUGCUGUGGUCCAUCAAACAUCAAGCUACUAUUUGCAGACUGGCAGGACAUUCAUGUACGCCUUGAUGUCUGGCACUUUAUGCGCCGCUUCUCUUGUGGGUGCUAUACAGAUUCCCAUCCAUUGUAUGGCCUGUUCAUGAAGAAGUUGGGCCAUUGCAUCUUCGCCUGGGACAACGAUGAUCUACAAGCACUCAAAGCAGCCAAGAGAUCAGAGUUAGUUUCCAGACAUGUUCAAAAUCCAUCUGAAGAUCUCAUCAUGGGGUCCAUCACCAAAAAUGAGCUUGCUCUCCAUUGCCGAAGACAAACAAGAGGCGUGGAUGAGACCACACUGAUGAUUGAAGCCCUCAUUGAUGCUUUUGACGGAGAAAAGGGCAGAGAUACACUCGGCACUCCACUUAUCAACAGCCGGCGCAUGCGUGAGGAGUGGGAAGGACAGAAGAAACAUGUGGCCUGUCUUCAAGACCCUGACAAUGUACAACUGUACAUUAAGACUGGAUCCCUGAAGAAAGGUGGCCAUACCCUUCCUACCUACCGGUCAUGUAGAGGAUCAACAUCGCUUGAGAGCUUCCACCUACACCUCAACAGGUUUAUCCCAGGAACACUGGCCAAUGACACCGUGUUCCAGGCAUACCUUGUUGAUGGUCUGUCCAGAUGGAAUCAGGACAGGGCUUCUGUGCUCACUUCAGCCAAUGAGCCGCAGACAUACAGUGGUCUCCUUCGGUUCACUGCAAACAAGAUGACCCAGGAGAUAUUCCAGAAGCACAUAAGUGCUUAUACACCCCCUAGAAAAUACACUGGUGAGCUCAUUGGAAUUGAAUACCUCUAUGACCAGACUGGCCGCCCUCUACAGGAAUAUGAUGACGACAUCUUGCAGAUGGAAGACACAGGACUAGAUGUUCCUGAAGACGAUGAUGGCUUCCAUGAAUUAGAGGCAGAAGAUAUGACAAUUGCUGAUUUUUCCGUCUUCGAACCAAAUGUCUGUGACCAGUCUGAGCCACUCGGGUUGUCUCCUGGAACAAAACGUGGAACACAGCAGAAACAGUUGAAGCAUGAUGCUCCUGUUAUUCAGCAACCAACUUCAGUUACUACAGUAUGUGACCAGUCCGAGCCUUUUGAGAUGUCUCCUGGCACAUCCACAGAACAACGUGACACUCCUGUAACUGGGCAAAAAACUUCAGCGACUAUAGGUGCGCAGUUCGAGUCUCCUUCUCCUGGCACCGCAAAGACACCAGUACUUCACUACCCAACUGAUGACGAGUACAUUAAUACUGCACAACCAUCUUCU